UAUUAAAUGAUCAAGAAUAUGAAAAAAAUACUUGUUAUAUGCAGAAGGUGGUGUAAAAAAAUUUAUACAAAUAAGUUUUUGUAGCACGCAAAAAAUUCAGCGUGAGAAGUAUGUCACUGUUGAUAGUGUCCUUUGUUGUUGUUGUGGUGUUGUUUCCAUUCCCAACAGCUCUGUGCUGGGGAAAGGACGGGCACUAUGCAGUUUGCAAGAUUGCACAGGAUUAUCUGAGCCAAGAUGCUGUAUCUGCUGUGAAAGAGCUUCUUCCCGAUUCUGCCCAAGGCCAUCUGGCGGCGGUUUGCUCUUGGGCCGAUGACGUUGGAUAUACCCACAACUAUCGUUGGAGCCAACCUUUGCAUUACGUUGACACCCCUGAUUUCAUCUGUAACUAUCGUUACUGCAGAGACUGUCAUGAUUCCUAUGCCCAUAAACAUGUCUGUGUCACUGCAGCUAUUUACAACUAUACAAUGCAACUCAAAUCGCAACUCAACUGUAACCAUUUACUUACGCAUCUUCAUUCUUCACUUGCUCAUUUUGUUGGCGAUGUUCAUCAGCCCCUGCAUGUUGGUUUUCUUGGAGACCUAGGUGGAAACACCAUAACAGUACGAUGGUAUCGGAGGAAAACAAAUCUUCAUCAUGUUUGGGAUGACAUGAUAAUUGAAUCUGCUCUGAAGACCUUCUACGGUUCAGAUCUUUCAACUAUGAUACAAGCUAUUCAAAGCAAUAUUACAGACAUUUGGUUAAAUGAUGUACAUGUUUGGGAAAGUUGUGCACACAACUAUACAGCUUGUCCAAAUUGGUAUGCUUCUGAAAGCAUUAGCUUAGCGUGCAAGUUUGCCUACAGGAACGCCACACCAGGAAGCACUUUGGAAGAUGAGUACUUCCUUUCAAGACUUCCUAUUGUGGAGAAAAGGCUGGCACAAGCUGGUGUGCGACUUGCAGCAAUCCUCAAUCGGAUUUUUACUUCAAAGACCAGAAUUGCUCAAUCAUAGCAUCAAAACAAAACAAAUUCAGAAGCCACUUCAGCCAGGGUUCCUUCCAUAGCAGAAUAGAUAGAUAGAUAGUGAAAUGUGAAAUCCUUUGGGCACGUGUACUAAAGUUGGUUGAUUCAAUGAAGCUACCUCAUAAGGACCAUUCAGUUACAUUCAAAGAUUAGCAUGUUAAUGCUCUUUAUCUUAUCUUCAUUUGUGCCAUUUCUUGAGGUUCUUGUA